AUGAGUGCACCAGAGUGGGCAAAAAAUGAGCAGUCUUUGGACGAGGCAAAAGAUUACUUGCGUCAGGGAAAUACAGUCGAUUUCUUUGAGUUGAUGUCCAGCUCCAUUCUCCGUGAACACCCUAUAGACCUUGCAGUCUUCUGUUUAGAGCUUGUCCAAAAGAUUGGGGAUGGAAAAGAGGUCACGACAGACAGCGAGUUUCAUCCGAAGAACGUAGAGGAUAACCGGUAUAUGCGAGAGAAAAACGUCUGUGAUUUUCUAAAUGAGUGGAUUCUGGCCUUGCUAAAGGAACGCCCCACCACCGACAUUGACCGUAUUGAAUUUCACAAACGUUACCUGGGUUCCAUUAAAGUAGAUAGGGGCAAUUCUAAUGCCCCUUCAGGGGAUGCCACUGAGGAGAGACCCGCAGGAUCUGAGGGAAGCGACAAACAGGAGACAAAAAAUGUAUGA